UUUGUGCGCCCCUGGUUUCACAUCAUGAGUCGGAUACGUCUCACCCUCGUCAUUCCAGUUGGACUCCCCACGCCUUCCUUCUUCGUAAAUUUAUUCUCCCGCCACUCGAGGACAUCGCCAAUUUAGCAGCGCAGUGAUCGCCGCCUCCGAGGACCCGCAACCUAGGGCGAUGGACCUGCCCGUCGUGGACCUUGCCCCGUACCUGGUAAUCGCCGGAUCCCCCGAUCCGGCGGCGGAGGCGGCGGAUGAGGAGCUGAGGGAGCUAUGCGCGGUGGUGAGUAGAAGCCUGAGGGACACUGGGGCGCUCUUGGUGAAGGACCCCCGGUGCUCCGCCGAGGACAACGAUCGGUUCCUGGAUAUGAUGGAGAGGUACUUCGAGCGAUCCGAGGAAUUCAAGCGGCUCCAAGAGCGCCCCCACCUCCAUUACCAGGUUGGUGUAACACCUGAAGGGGUGGAGAUACCACGCAGUCUAGUGGAUAAGGACAUGCAAGAAAAAAUAAAAAUGAUGCCAGAGGAGUUUCGGCCAUUCACUCCUACAGGACCAGAUCCUAAAUGGCGAUACAUGUGGAGGAUAGGUCCUCGACCAGCAAAUACCUGCUUUCAGGAACUGAAUUCUGAACCUGUCAUACCAGAAGGGUUUCCUGAGUGGAAAGAAACCAUGGACCUAUGGGGAUUCAAGAUGAUAGCCGCAAUUGAGGCUGUUGCUGAGAUGGCUGCAAUUGGUUUUGGCUUGUCGCAGGAUGCAUUCACUUCUUUGAUGAAACAGGGACCUCACCUCCUUGCUCCAACAGGAAGCGACCUUCAGCAUCAUGGAACCAAGGGCACAGUAUUUGCAGGAUAUCAUUAUGACCUCAAUUUCUUGACUAUACAUGGCAGGAGCAGGUUUCCUGGCCUUAAUAUCUGGUUGCGAAGUGGACAGAAAAUGGAAGUGAAGGUCCCUGUCGGGUGCCUUCUCAUUCAAACAGGAAAACAGCUAGAGUGGCUGACUGGGGGUGAGUGUUUAGCUGGAAUGCAUGAGGUUGCUGUGACUAAGAGGACUCUCGAAGCUAUUGAACUGGCUCGCCAGCAAAACCGCAGCCUGUGGAGGGUCUCAUCAACACUCUUCGCACAUAUUGCUUCUGAUGCAACACUACAGCCACUAGGCCAUUUUGCUGAGGCACCCCAUGCAAGCAAGUACCCUCCCAUCUGUGCUGGAGAUUUUGUCGAACAAGAGCUUGCAGUGAUCAAUCUCAAAGGAAAGAAAGGAUACUCGUAGGCCAAGCCUGGAGGAAAUAAAGUUUGAUUCAUGUCCUUCUUAUAAGCUUUGUUCGAGGGUAAUCCAGGUAGGAGGCUGGUCUUGGUUUCUGUAUCCUAACCAGUUAUUUAUCCAAUAAUCACUUACAGAUGUUGCGAUACUCUUUGGCAUAUGUGUGCAUGGAAAUACUUCUUAUUAUAUGCCAUGAUGUUGCAGGCUAAGCUUAUGCUC